UUAGGACACAUCAGUUUUUUCUUUUCAUUACAUAUUGCCGUUCGAGGAAAACAAUGCAUAGUCAGGAGGAAGAAAGCUUAUCUUCAGAGUCACAGACUCAUGGAGCAUUCCACGGUCAUUUCACUGAGUCUGUUCAGCCUUUGAUUGAGUUGAUCGACUCUCUGAGGUUGAUCGGCAUUGAUAAGGAUAUAGAUCUGCCAUCCAUUGCAGUGGUGGGAGAUCAGAGUUCUGGAAAGAGCUCGGUUUUGGAGGCACUCUCUGGGGUGGCUCUACCUCGAGGAAGUGGUAUUGUCACACGCUGUGCUCUUGAGCUGAAAUUGCGGAAUCUCAAGAAAGGAAAAUGGUCAGGGACCAUUUCUUACAAUGAUCACAAAGAGAGCUUUCAUGACCCACUUAUGGUGGAUAACUUUGUUAGAAAAGCUCAAAAUGAGCUCGCUGGAAAUACAGUUGGAAUAAGUGAUGAACAUAUUUCUUUGGAAAUUUCCUCUCCUGACGUUUGUGACCUCACUCUGAUCGAUCUACCUGGCAUAACCCGUGUACCCGUGCAAGAUCAACCUGAGGAUAUUGGAGAUCAGAUAAAAAAAUUAAUACUAAAAUAUAUUUCCAAAAGUGAAACCAUCAUUUUAGUUGUUGUGCCUUGCAAUGUUGACAUAACAACGACGGAAGCGCUUAGAAUGGCGCAACAUGUGGACCCCGAGGGACACAGAACUCUCGCAAUUCUCACAAAACCAGAUCUCAUCGACAGAGGGGCGGAGAUGGAUGUUUUGAAAAUUGUCCAGGGCAAAGUCAUUCCUCUCAGCAAGGGCUACAUUAUCGUGCGAUGUCGAGGUCAGAGUGACAUCAAUGACAAAAUCCCUCUGGAUAAAGCCAUAAACAUGGAAUUUAAAUUCUUUAGAAAACACAAAUACUUCAGCUAUCUACUGAAUGAUAAUAAAGCAUCUAUUCAGUGCCUGUCAAGGAAAUUAACCAAAGAACUGGUUGACCACAUCAAGAUAUCAUUACCACACGUAGCUGAGCAGAUUAACAGUCAGACAGUUAAUGUGAGAGAAGAACUUAAAAAGUACGAUCAGGGUCCACCUCUGCAGGAAGAAGAAAUGGGACCUUUUCUCAGUAAGAUAAUAUUAGAGUUCAGCGAUCAAAUCGAUGAACUGAGCAGAACAGGACAUUCAAAAGGCAAAAACAUUUAUGCACUUCUACGUCCUGUCUUCAAGAAAUGGGACAACCACCUGAGUGACACUAAAGAUUCCUUUGAGACAAAAGUGCAGGAAAUGAUAGACAAGUACAACGAGAACCAUCGUGGCAGAGAAUUGCUAACGUUCACUGAGUACACUGAAUUUGAAAACGUCAUCCAAAACCAUGUAGCAGCUCUUCAAGAGCCAGCUAUGGAAACACUGAAAGAUGUGCGAGAUAUUAUUCAAAACAAGUUUAAGGAAGUAUGUAAUUCAUGUUUUGUUCAGUACCCAACACUGAAACACAAUGUUUCUAAAAAGAUUGAUGAGAUUCAAACAAAACAAGAGGCCAAAGUGGAGAAAAGAAUCAAGGAGUUUAUUGAAAUGGAGCAUCUGAUUUUCACCCAGGACACAGUGUUGCAAAAAAAACUUGAUGAAUCAGACAUCCAUCAGAUGACUGGUCUGGAACAUCAUGAAAAACUCCGUGGAGAUGACACGGUUUUAAAUUCCAAAGGCUGUGCAGAGUUGGAUUCGAGAAAUCUAGUACCAGAAAAACUGGUUCUUUAUUAUGAUAUUGUCUAUCAACGCCUAACAGACUACGUGCCGAUGCUGGUAAUCCUCCUCAUGCUAAGGAAUGCAGCUAAGACACUGCGACAUGGCAUGCUGGAAAUGAGGAAAGUGGCGGAUGUGGUCGAUCUGCUAAAAGAAGACUUGGACCAAGGGCGCAGGAGAAAUGAGCUAAAGCAGCGUCUGGAAAGCCUCUUACAAGCUCAAGAACUAAUAAACAACAGACAAUGAAACAUCUUCAUAAACAUAGAGGCUGCAGAAAUUGGCCACUGGAUAUACGACAAAUGAGUUUUAAAUUCUAAUGAUCAAAUCAUGAUAGCAAAGCAUAACAAGUGCUUUAUUUCGAAUCACCAGUUGCUGAAUGGGAAUGUCAGCUCAAUUUAUUACAUGUACACACACACACACACACACACA